AGCCUGGCCAUGAUGGAGUUUUCUUGCUGGUUGCACCACGUGAAGCGUCUCCCCACCAUUGGCAUGUCAUGGAGACCCAACCUGUUGAUAGUGUGUCUGAACUUGUGCAUCAGCCUGGCCAUAAUUCUUUCACUUGAUAUCUAUGCCUUCUCUUAUGAAAAUUUUCUUUUCAUGUCUUGAAGGUGUUGGCUCUUCUUCCACCGAUGAUGAGGUUAUGUGACGCACUGAUGAAGGAAAUCAUUGAUCUGGUACUUUUUUUAUCACAUAUUGUUCUUUGUAGUUCUUGGCAUGUUUUUAUCUAUUUUGUUGUACCAUUAAGCAUUGAGCUUAAAUUCUAAAUUUUUCGUGCAAUUGAGACAUAUUUUGUAUGGGGUUUCUUUUAUGGUAGCUAGAAGCCUUAUGGAUGUUAAAUUUUUUCCUUGGGGCAAAAAAAAAUUGGGCCCAGGGCUUGCUCCAAUCCUGGCUCCGCCACUGGAGGGAGGGGAGGUCAGAAUCUUGGUUACCAUGGGGAGUGAAUACCUUUUUCGAGAUGUAUGGUUCCAUGGCUGCGCAUACGAGUAGGAAUGAUCGUGCUCUCGCCGGUCAGUGCGUUGCAUACGUGUACGACGAUCGUUGGCAAAGAAACCGUCCAGCCUCCGAGGCUGGCUCGCACGAAGGAGGGGUGGCGGAAAAGGCGAGGCAAAAGGUGGGGCGAGGCCUGUUGAGAGACGUGGACGGGUGUGGGUCGCAUGCAGUUUCAUGGCUGCUGCUUUCCAUUAAUAAAUGCGCUAAUACACUUCUAGAAAAAAAGGAAAUGCAAAUUCAUGAUGGCCCAGCGUUUACCUUUUUGCGACUAUAUGAGCCCACAGACCCCUUCUCCUCGAUCCUCAUCUCAAACCAACACCACUCUAACUCAAGCUUAUCGUUCGCAUCUAGCCUCUGUUUGUAGUCACUCCAUCGGGUGCAUCUAGCCUCUGGUGGUAGUACAUUCAAAUUGAGGAAGCAAAGAUAGAUAUGCUGCUGUCAGGCGGCUUCUCCUGGGUGUACCUUGCUCUGCUGUUGGCCUUGCUCACCUUCAACUCCGUCAUGGCGGUGUACCACUCCAAGGGCGACACGGCCACUGUCGCCUUCGUCGCCACCUCCUACCUCGACCUGGUGCUGCUCUUCUGCUGCCUCUGGCUCUACAACACAACGGCAGCGGGGUCGGCGUGGAGGAACCGGCUCAAGGCGUCAGUGUGGACUCUCACCACGCUGCUCACCUUCUCCUUCGCCUACAUGGUCAUGGGCACGGCUGGCCUCACCCUCCACGUCGCGUUGCUCGUGUGGUUCAUCGCCGCGGCGACGGGGAUUGGUGCCUUCUCCGCCUUCUUCGAGAAGGGCAGAAUCAACCCAGCUCCGGGUGAACCCAUGCUGCCGCCACCGGUGUAGCCCAAGCUCUGAAUCAUUACGGGGAUAUGCUUUUGUGAUGCAUUCAGACGCAUGGAGUUUGCCAGGUUGUGAGCUUACGAUGGAGUUCAAAUACUGUUGGGUCGCCCUCGUCUUGUAAAUAUAUUUACCUUGAAAGCAUGCAAGAGUCCUUGUAGAAUCGUUGUCCUUGUCCCUUCUAGGGGUGCACGCUUAGGUGUGUAUGUGUGUAGUGUGCAAUGUAACCGGCAACGAA